CCAGGAGCACCUCAGCAUGAGCUAAUCCCUUCCCUUGUGCUGCGUAGGUGUGAGCGGCCAUGGCUAUAACCUGGGCGUGUCCUUUUCACGCAGGUAGUUUCGACACACUCUCCAAAUUGUUGUCACGCUCUACUUUUGAUGGGGAAGUUUCAACACGACAACGGAGGAAUAGGAACAUAGACACGCAGUAAAAUGAGGCAACAGUUGAGUCUAACACGAAGCCUGAAUGUAUCAUCCUAACGGACGACAUUUUGGACCUCCAGUCCCUCCAACACAACGGCUACAUCACAAUCCUAUAAAAAUAAGUCAUUUAUAACAGCUUAUAUUUUACUGCAAAUUCCUUAGACAGACCUAAAGCCCUGUCUGUGUGUGUGACUGAGACCAUGACUGUGUCCCAAACCUGCUGAGAGGUCCUUGACAAAAGAUGCAACCAGGAGGUCCUCCACCGCCUCCUCCACCGCCUCCUCCCCCUCCGCCGCCCCCUCCCCCACCUCCACCUUCAGCCCUAGGCCUCCCUCCAUCCCUCCAUGGCUCGGGCCUCACUGCCAAGGGAGCGCUCCGGCGCUCCACAAUGCGCAAUUUCAACUGGGAAACCCUUCCUCAACACACUGUGAUAGGAAAGCACAACAUCUGGACAGCAGAUAAGACUGAUGGGGAGUACGAGCUGGACACUGAUCACAUGGAGGAGCUGUUCAGCAACAAGCAGGGCAAGCAACAACUCAAGGCCCAGAACCGCCAGAGUCUGAGGGGGCUGCCAACUGCUGCCUCAGGAGGGGUUAUGGUUUCCAUCCUCAGCUCCAAGAGAAGUAUGAACAUGGGAAUUUUCCUGAAGCAAUUCAAGCGGCCUGUAAAAGUCAUGAUUGAUGAAAUUAAAUCAGGAAGUAGUCUCAGUUUUGGUUGCGGAAAACUAAAGGAGCUGUGCAAGCUGCUGCCUGAGGAAGAAGAGGAGAAGCAGCUGGUCAGUUUUAAGGGCGACCACUUUUCUCUCCCAGAAGCAGAUCUGUUCAUGCUAAUGCUGGUCAGGAUUCCCAGCUAUAGAGAGCGUCUAAGCAGCUUGGUGCUCAAAGAGGAAUUUUUCCCCCUCAUGCAUGAAAUGAAAGAAUCCAUAUGCACUCUGACCGCAGCUGGAAAAGAGCUGUUGGAGUCUGAUCAACUCCAUUCUGUCAUCCGCCUGGUACUGAAGACCGGAAAUUACAUGAAUGCUGGUGGCUAUGCAGGCAGUGCAAUUGGCUUCCGAAUGGCUUCUCUGUUGAAGUUAGUGGACACCAAAGCAAACAAACCCGGAAUGAAUCUUAUGCAUUAUGUCGUGAUGCAAGCUCAGAAGGCGGAUGGGGGGCUGCUUAACUUUACAGACCAACUCAAACACAUUGAAGCUGCAGCAAGAAUGAAUAAAGGGGAAAUUGAAGCAGAGUUUGAAAAGCAGGUGAAGAAGGUCCAAAAUGCCAAAGCAGACACCUUGAAGCAGGAAGACCUCAAGGCACAGAUGGAUGAUUUUUUAAAGGACGCUGAGGUCUGCUUGUCAGAAAUAGAAAUUGAUCUUCAGCAACUGCAGUCAGUGAGUGACUCUGUGGCAGAGUACUUCUGUGAAUCCCCAAACAAGUUCAAACUGGAGGAAUGUUGCUCCAUUUUCAACUCCUUUUGUGAGAAAUUUAUGCGAGCCAUGCAGGAAAACAAGGCUCGAGAGGGGGUAGAGGUGCAGCGGAGACACAGAGACAGGUUGCAGAAUGUUACCAAGCGCAGGUCCACAGCUACCUGCUCCAGUAGAGACAAGGAAAUGGAUGAAGUUGCAUUGCAAUCCAUACUACAGAACUUCCUAACCAAACGUGUCUCUCGGAGGAGAUCGGGAUGGCCCUCAUCCACUAAUGGAAGCCCCACGAGUGGCAGCCCCAACAACGGGAGUCUAUCAGAAAUAACCUCCCAGGCAAACCUCCCCACUGGAAAUCAAAAAAGAGAAGGCUCUUUUAGAGCUGAGGACAUGGGCAGAAAAGACUGGAAUUCAGCAGUUGAACUCACCAAGAACUCUUCCCUAAAGAAAGCCCAGUCUAAUAAUGAGGACAACAAAACAAAAGGUGGCAUUCCUCUUGAAGAGGUGUUGAAAACCUCCAGGAAAGAGGACUCUAAAGGUUCUGCACAUCCAGCUAAUAAGUCCACCAGCAUUUCCGCCUCAGGCAGAUCUUUCUCAGCUAUCAUUGACGGGAGUGAGGAGGAUCUACAGGAUAAUAAUGAAGAGGAGGCACAUAAGUUGCGCGAAGCAUCUAAAAAGGUUUUGCACUUUCAGAAGAGCCGUAGCAGUGUCUCAUCUGGGGAUUAUUCUCAGGAGAAUCUGAAAUCUCCGGGUCCCAUUAACACUUUGCCUCGUCAACGCACCGUUGAGGACACAGAGGGGAAUCCUGGAGACCCAACCAAUCAGGAUUUAGUUCGAUUUUUGCUCGAUCCUCAAUCCACCUCAACACUUAACCUUGUCCGGCGCCAUACUCUUUCUACCGUAGUCCCUAAAACAGAGGAAGAGGAAGAUAAUCUGUACGCUAAACUUCCAAUCAGAACUCCUAAUCCUGUGGCAAGAGAGAAUGGGACACUGCCAACAGAGGGUGCAGGAAAAAAUCCCUCAGUACAAGUGUUUGACUUUACUGACGUAUCUCACAACAUUGAAAAAUCUGGUGCUCCAGACCAGAAUUCUCCAUCAGCAGAGAAGAAAAGCAAGCCAAAUGUUUCUGUAACCCAUGUUCCAGAGGAAGGUCUUGUAGAUCAAAAGGAAGUGGGCAAAUCACUGGAGCCCACAGGCAACCAUGUGCAGGGAAAUAGUGAAAGUGUUCCACCCAGGAGUUCAUGGAUUAAGACUGAAAACACUGGAGUAUUUUUUAGCUUUUUAAAACGCCUUGGAGACAUUGGAAAACUCAGCAAGGAAACUGCCCAUAAAGGCACUGGGUCAGGUGUAUAGGCUUUCAAAGAUAUACAAUUUAAUGUCAAGGAAGCACAUGUGACUGCAGUGUUACUUGUAAUUAACUCCGCAUGGUGAUGAUGUUAUAUUUAAUGUUACUUUGUAAAUUGAUAACGAGGUCUUUAACCCUCGUGUUGUCUUCCAGCCAACCUGCAAAUUGUUGUUUUUCUGACUCAAAAUAUAAAAUGAAAAACCUUUUUAUCAACGUUUUGGUUGUCUUUUUUUUUUUGACACUAGCUAAGUUUCCAUCUACUUGUCAAUCGAAUUAUCUGAAGUUCGGUUAAAAAAAACUCAUGCGAAAAUAGCCGGUGAAAGUGUAUUUCCAUCCACUGGGAGUGUGUUUCUAUCCGAGUUUUACUGUUUCCAUAAGGCAUAUUUCAUUCAAUAUCACUUAAUUCAGAAAAAACCGUAUGGAUAGAAACCUGGCUCCUUUUGUGUCUUUCCUCUGUUUUUGUCAUGUUUGUCUACUUUUUCUGAGCCUUUUGAAAUUUUUGUUUGCCCACAUUUUUAAAGCUUUAUUUUUUUUUUUUUUUACAUUUGUCACUUUUUCA